UCCACUAAAACGUCUCCUGAGUUCAGAGCAGGACUGAAAACUCAAAAAGACGGAGCGGCGGAGAAUGAAUCAUUUGGAAGAGACAGUUUUCAGAGCGUUUACGAACAUUGGAGGCGCAUGCUGCGAUGCGUAAUGUGAAGUGAAAACAUUCAAGUUAAUAUUUCGGCCGGUCAAAAGGACAGUCACAAGGUUGGCAGACAGGCACAGAUGGCAGAGGUAAUGGAGGACAGCUCAACCACGGCAGCAAUGCCCAACAUUAGUAUAGACUGGCAGAAACGAUGCAUCGCCCUGGAGACACAGCUCAUGAGGUUUCGCCUGCAAGCAGGAAAUAUUCGCCACCUACUUGCUGAGAGGAUGCAGGAGUUAGAACAUAGAGUGUUAGAGGCUGACCAGCGAGCAGAGAAUGCUGAAAAACAGGUCCACAUCAUGGAGGAGAAACUGAAGUCUGCAAACAUGCAACCCAGCGAAUCAGAAAAUUCAUUAUACAGGCGUUAUCAAGAGUUGAGCAGUCAAACGCAGGAGAAAGACAUGAUCAUACAGAGACUUGAAGCACAACUGGAGAAGCAGAACUUGGUUCGAGCCCAAGAAGCCAAGAUUAUAGAGGAGAAGGCUGCUAAAAUCAAAGAUUGGGUCACGUUUAAGUUACGAGAGAUGGAAACAGAGAAUCAGCAGUUGAAGAAGGCCAACCUGAAGCAGGCAGAGCAGAUCAUUAUACUGCAGGACAAGCUUCAAACUCUUCUUGAGAGGCCCAUUUCUCCAGCUGUGGAUGCCCACCUAGUCCCCUCCAGUCCUCUCCACCCUCCCAGCUGCCCUGGGACACCCCCUGCCCAAGAGGAGAGUUGGAGACUGACAGGAUCUCUCAUUACUGCAGCCAACUCUAAAGAUAGCAAGAGGAAAAUCACAGAAUGUUGUGACUCUGCAUUUCACAGUGCGUCCCUACUUCUCACAAUACAAGACAAAGCAGACAACUCUCUCAAGGCUAGUCAGGAUGGGAUUGAUGGCACAAUCCUAGUAAUGGAAGGGGUAGAGGGGGUGGAGCCUUCUUUUAGAGUUACACGUGAGAUAACAUUGGGAGGAGCCUCAGACAGAGAUCACUCCUCUGAUGAGCUCAACAGCAAAUUUCGUUCCCAGCGCCUACGAUCUUCCUCCUCAUCUUCUUCCUCAUCCUCCUCAGCAUACGAGACCCCUGGUCCUGGUGGCUUUGACACGCCAACCCCCACUCCUACUAGCCCUACUCCCGCACCCCUAUCUCCCCCAUUAAUCUGCCUCCCUCUGUCAUGCCCCUUUCCUCUGGCCUUACCCUCAGGCACCAGCAUGACCCUUCCCAAAGUUCGCACCCCAUUAACCCCUCGUGACAGCAUUCAACUCGUUAAGAAGCACCACAGUCAGCCACAACCCGGCAUCGAGCGCCUCCACCAGAUCAAUGUCAACAUCGAUAUUGGAAACUGCUCCUCUCCAUCUUGCCAUAGUCUUUUCCAAGGUUCAGUGCCCACACAUGGGCUCGAGGAGACAGACAUUAAUGAAAGACCUCCAGAGAGCAUGGAGGGUGUGGUGGAGGGACCACAGAUGGAAGCAUUGCCCUCUGAUGGAGGCUUAUAUGACGGGUUGGCCAAGGAACUGGAGAUGUUUGAUCCAGAAGCUCUAAAACCACCUACUCCACCUCUACACCGAUUCCCCUCUUGGGAAAGUCGCAUCUACGCAGUAGCUAAAUCAGGAAUGAGAGUCUCAGAGGCCUGUCUUGGAGCCAAAACUAUUGGGAGAGUAUCCACCCAACCUCAGCACUCUGCUGUUGGCCCCUUCGCCCACCUCAUUUAUAAGAACAUCAGUGUUCCGGUGUACUCAACACUGAAAGGGAAGGCAACUCAGAUCAGCAGUGUUCCUCUCCCAGAUGAUGACUCUGGCUCAGACGACGACAGCAGCUCAUUGGCCAGCCUGCACACAUCUACAAUAGGGCCAGAAAAGAAGGGCAGUACUCCUGGCAGCCCCCGCGCUGUCAAAAGAGGCGUGUCCAUGUCCUCUAUCAGUUCUGAGAGUGACUAUGCCAUUCCUCCUGAUGCGUAUUCGCUGGACAGUGACUGCUCUGAGCCUGAGCACAAGGUCCAGCGUACAUCGUCUUACUCCUGCGAGAGCAUCGGGCCGGACACUCUUGAGAAAGCGGGUUACUUGUUGAAGAUGGGCAGUCAGGUGAAGGCAUGGAAGAGGCGCUGGUUUAUUCUGAGAAAUGGAGAGAUCUUAUAUUAUAAGUCUCCGAGUGACGUGAUCCGGAAACCUCAGGGCCAAAUGGAGCUGAACUCCUCUUGUCAGAUCACCCGCGGAGAGGGAGCUCAGACAUUCCAGUUGAUAACAGAGAAGAAGACCUUUUACCUGGCUGCUGACUCUCCCAAUAUCCUAGAGGAAUGGAUCAGAGUUCUACAGAAUGUUCUGAAGGUUCAGGCCAGUGGACCCGUUUCCAUGGAUAAGGAAGCCAAACCCACAGUGCGAGGCUGGCUAACUAAGGUGAAACAUGGUCAUUCAAAGCUUGUGUGGUGUGCUUUGUUUGGGAAAGUGUUCUACUAUUACCGUAACCAGGAUGACAAGUUCCCACUGGGUCAGCUACGAGUUCGGGAAGCACGGGUGGAAGAAGUGGACAGGUCAUGCGACUCUGAUGAGGAUUAUGAAGCAGGUGGGCGGGGCUUCCUCUCUUCUCACUUCACUUUAGUGGUCCAUCCCAAAGAGCAAAGCCCUACCUACCUGCUUGUUGGCACCAAACAAGAAAAGGACACCUGGUUGUACCACUUGACCGUUGCGAUGGGCAGUUGUGCAAGCCUCAGGGUGGGCACAGAGUAUGAACAUCUGAUUGGCAAGCUGCUUGAUGUAGACGGAGACCCGGACUCUGCUAUGUGGAAACGUGAAGUGCUGUGCUUCAGUAAGGAGGGUCUUCGUUCCCCCCUCACUACUCUCCCCUCUGAAGCACUUCAAACAGAGGCUCUCAAACUCUUUAAGUCAUGCCAGCUCUUCAUUAAUGUGCUGGUGGAGUCUCCCUCCAUAGACUACCACACCUCGCUGGCCCAGAAUGCACUGCAGGUGUGCCUAACACAUCCAGAACUGCAGAAUGAGAUGUACUGUCAGCUGAUCAAACAGACCAACUGUCGCACUCCGCACAACUAUGCUCUCACACAGUGCUGGCAGCUGUUAUCAUUGUGUGUGGCUCUCUUCCUGCCCCAGCAUCACUUUCUGUGGUACUUGAGGCAGUAUCUGCAGCGGAACGCAGAUCCCAGGAAUGAGGUGGGGAAGUAUGCUGUGUACUGCCAGAGGUCAGUGGAGAGAACUUUGCAGAAUGGAGAGAGAGAGGCCAAGCCUUCACGGAUGGAGGUGCUUUCUAUUCUGCUGCGAAACCCUUACCAUCACUCCCUACCCUUCAGCAUACCCGUACACUUCAUGAACAACACUUAUGAGGUUGUGGGUUUUGAUGGCUCCACCACAGUGGAGGAGUUCCUAAACACGCUGAACCAGAGGGCAGGCAUGAGGAAGCCCCAGAUUUCAGGCUUUGCUCUCUUCACUGAUGACCCAUUUGGCAAAGACCUGGAGCACUGCCUGCAGCCCAGAAAUAAAAUUUGUGAUGUGAUCUCCAAGUGGGAACAAGCGCUGAAAGAACUUCAUCCUGGAAAAUAUGAAGGAACACGGAUUGUCCGCCUGACUUAUAAAAGCAGGCUGUGUUUCCGAGCGCAGGCUAAGGGAGAGACAGAGCGAGAGCGCCUCCUGCUGGCAUAUCAAGUAAACGAUGAGGUACAACAAGGGCACUUCCCUGUCAGUAAGGAACUGGGCCUGGAAGUGGCUGCUUUGAUGGCACAGGUUGAGCAUGGUGACCUCGACCGCCCAGCAAUGUCUCCCACUGGUUCUCCACAGCCAAAGACACAACAGAUCCUUCUGCAGGUACUGGAGCGUUUUUAUCCCAAACGCUACAAGCAGGAAUGCAGCAUGGAGCAGCUCAGGGACCUUGCUGAGCGUUUGGCCACUAAGUGGUCUGUCCUGCGUGGAUGUACAGCCUCAGAAUGUGUGAGAAUCUAUCUGACUGUGGCCCGAAAAUGGCCUCUGUUCGGGGCCAAACUUUUCAGUGCCAAGCCAUUGUCUCCCUCUUCAUUGGAGCAGAGUCAGGUGUGGCUGGCGGUUAAUGAAGAUGGGCUUAGUGUUUUGGACUACACCAUGCACCUGGUAGCCACAUAUCCGUACCAGUCAGUGAUUACCUUUGGAGGCUGCAAGGAGGACUUCAUGGUUGUGGUUAGCCAGAUAAAGGACCAGGCUUUGGGCAAGAAGAUUGUGGAUAAACUUUUAUUUGCAAUGGCUAAACCAAAGAUCCUGGAACUGACUCUUCUCGUGGCUAGUUAUAUUAACUACUGGACCUCCACCUUACCAGGGGCUAGCAACCAGACACAAGGCUCUGCACUGGGGCCUCAAGGAGACAGGAAGUUUUGGGACAUAGACAGCAGACACUUCCCCUCAAUGACAUACACUACCAAAGGCCCCACUCUUCUUUAACAAUCUGGACACAUCGGUGACCCAUCGGAUAGGCUACAUGCACUAACAGAAAUGUGUACUUCAAACUCGUUUGAGCUAAAAUAAUAUAAUUAGGGAAAUGAUUCAAACUUUUUGUGUUGGAAAGAACAAACCGUAAAUUUUGAGUUAUUUAUUAUGUGAAGAGAUCAUGUACUUGCAUACUCAAAGUCCAAAAUACUAAAUCAUAAAUCACAAAACAGGUUUACAAAUGGAGGCUCAUUGUAAGUUCACCCACAUAGUUAGUACUGCUCCAACUUGCAAAAAAAAUAAAUAGUUUUUGAAGGAUUAGUGCUUUUAGACUUGACGCCACGGUUAGGAAUUUUUAUUUGUGCAUUAUAUUUCUGUUUUUAUUUUUCAGUUAAGAGUUUUUCAGUUGUUUGUGCAGGACAUUUCCACUGUUUGAUGGUGCAUUAUUUAAUGGUACUGCCUGUAAUUUGAACUGCGUAUGUUGAGAUUAAUUUACUCUAUACUUUUUCUUGAUGGGUAAAGACAUACCAAUCACCAUCUCUUGCACAUUAAAUGUCUACCUACAAACAAGGUUACCAGUAUACAGUAUAAAAGGUCUUCUAUGGCAAACAUUUCUUUAUAGCUCUUUCUUUCCAACUGUUGCUGGUUUCAUUUGAUUGAAAUGACCAGUUGGAAAGGUGGAGGCACAGACUGUACUGACGUCUGAUGUACUGACGUCUAAUGGUAGUUAAACAGGGUUAAAAAAAAGAAUCACAUUUAUUGCUGAGUUUUUUUUCUCUAUAUAUAUUUCCAAGCAGCAAUGACAGAAAAUGUGUUCAGUGGUAAGUGAAUUUAUAGUUCCCUUCCGAGGGAACUCGACACUGCG